AUGUCACUCCCUACUCCAAAGCGCCAUAUGCAACAAGAAAAUUUGAAUCAAGAUAUAAUCACAGAAAUCCUUAAAAGGCUGCCUGUGAAAUCUCAACUGCAAUUUAGGUGUGUUUCAAAAGUUUGGCGUGCUUUAAUAUCAUCUCCAGAAUUUGUCAAAUUGCACUUAAAUUUUCAUUCGAAAAAGGAUAUUAAGGUCAUGACAUAUAGUAGUGUAAAUCGGAUUAGCUAUAUGUCCUUGUUUUCUAUUACAGAAAACAAGCAAUCAUCAUUUCGAAAGUUUAUUACAAUUGACCGCUCAGUCUUAAUCCCUAAAGAUGGUUUUGAAUUUUUGGGUUCUUGCAAUGGGCUCUUUUGCUUUCGUGCUAAACCGUAUCAAAUAAUGAUUUGGAACCCUUCAUUAAAUGGAAACGUCAAGACAAUCCCAGACGUAUGGCAGUUCAGCUACAUAAGCAUAUUUGGAUUUGGAUACGACAUGCAUAAUGACGACUACAAGGUUGUUUAUGCUUAUUAUGGUGACAAUAAUGGUGAUGAUGAAUAUGUGGUUUUGGUGUAUAGUUUUAAGCUUGGGACAUGGAAAAGAUGUGAUAGAGGGUUUAGUAGUGGGUUUGUUUAUCCAGAAUUGCUGUCCAAAGCUAUAGCGUUACCCAGCCAUGAACAUGGGGCUGCCAUUUGUGUAGGUGAGUCAAGAGGAUUGCUUUUUGCAGGUUUUCAUCUCAAACGUCAAAUGGAAGUUUGGGUGAUGAAUGAGUUUGGAGUUGAAGAAUCAUGGACUAAACUAGUCUGCAUUUCAAACUUACCAGUUCAUCAUCCACUUCCCCGGGGUUCAGAGAACACGGCAUACAUGGCUCUGUGUAAUGCUAAACUCGCAAUUGUACAUGUUUCGGAAAAUGGUGAUAUUCUAAUGAUGGUUGGGCAUCAGUUGAAGCUCCAUAGACCAAACGCUAGAAGGGGUUUUCAUCUCAAACGUCAAAUGGAAGUUUGGGUGAUGAAUGAGUUUGGAGUUGAAGAAUCAUGGACUAAACUAGUCUGCAUUUCAAACUUACCAGUUCAUCAUCCACUUCCCCGGGGUUCAGAGAACACGGCAUACAUGGCUCUGUGUAAUGCUAAACUCGCAAUUGUACAUGUUUCGGAAAAUGGUGAUAUUCUAAUGAUGGUUGGGCAUCAGUUGAAGCUCCAUAGACCAAACGCUAGAAGGGGUAAGAAUUUUAAUAUCCCCUAUGAUCUUGGUUAUAUGGUUACUAGUUAUGUGGACACCCUUGUUUCACCAUGA